AUGGCCGACUGGUUCGUCCCACUGCCCAAUCGGGAGGGGGGCAUAUUGCAGGUGCGCACCUUGAUGGCCGCGCUAAGGUCAGCGCCAAGAACCACCAGACAACUCAACCUGGCGGUGAUGUCCGCAUUUGCGCGCGGAGUUGUCGACUUUUUAUGUGUCAAAUAA